AAAAUGUCUCUCUUGUGCACAGGAAUGUAUCCUCUCUGGUAUUAUGUCCGUGAAUGGAAAGAAGGUCCUUCAUAUGGAUCGCAACUCUUACUAUGGAGGUGAAAGUGCAUCCAUUACACCACUGGAGGAUCUUUAUAAAAGGUUUAAUCUACCUGGGUCUCCCCCAGAGUCAAUGGGACGAGGGAGAGACUGGAACGUGGACCUGAUUCCCAAAUUCCUUAUGGCUAAUGGUCAGCUGGUAAAGAUGCUGCUUUACACAGAAGUCACUCGUUACCUAGACUUCAAAGUGAUUGAAGGAAGCUUUGUCUACAAGGGUGGCAAAAUCUACAAGGUUCCUUCCACUGAGGCAGAAGCCUUGGCAUCCAGUUUGAUGGGCUUGUUCGAGAAACGCCGGUUCAGGAAAUUUCUAGUGUACGUUGCUAACUUUGAUGAGAACGACGCCCGAACAUUUGAAGGUGUUGACCCCAAGAAGACGACUAUGCGAGAUGUGUAUAAGAAGUUUGACCUAGGCCAGGAUGUCAUAGACUUCACAGGUCACGCUCUUGCACUGUACAGAACUGAUGACUACUUAGAUCAACCAUGCCACGAAACUAUCAACAGGAUUAAACUGUACAGUGAAUCACUGGCUAGAUACGGUAAAAGCCCUUACCUGUAUCCCUUGUAUGGCCUUGGAGAGCUGCCCCAGGGAUUUGCAAGGCUAAGCGCUAUUUAUGGAGGCACCUACAUGCUGAACAAGCCAAUCGAAGAGAUCGUGAUAGAAAAUGGCAAAGUGGUUGGUGUGAAAUCUGAAGGGGAGGUUGCCCGCUGCAAACAACUCAUCUGCGACCCCAGUUAUGUUUCGGAUCGUGUAACAAGGGUUGGUCAAGUGAUUCGAGUAAUCUGCAUCUUAAGCCACCCAAUCAAGAACACGAACGAUGCCAACUCGUGCCAGAUCAUCAUUCCACAGAAUCAGGUCAACCGGAAAUCAGAUAUCUAUGUCUGCAUGAUCUCUUCUGCGCACAACGUGGCUGCACAAGGGAAGUACAUUGCCAUUGUUAGCACCACCGUGGAAACGGCAGAUCCCGAGAGAGAAAUCAAACCUGCCCUGGAUCUCUUGGAGCCGAUUGAACAGAAGUUUGUUAGCAUCAGCGACCUGUUUGCGCCAACUGACUUGGGAACCGAAAGCCAGAUCUUUAUUUCUCGCACUUAUGAUGCUACCACUCACUUUGAGACGACAUGCGACGACAUCAAAGAUAUUUAUAAGCGGAUGAUGGGAUCAGAUUUUGACUUUGAAGAAAUGAAGCGCAAGAAAAACGAUAUCUAUGGGGAGGAGGAACAGCAGUAAUGAGCAAAUGUCUAAUUAGGAGAAAUUUAAAUUGGCUAAUAUGAAUAUAUAAGGAACUUAAUGAACACUGUAUGAAAUUCAAUAUUGUAAGGCCUGCUUUUGUAAUCACAUCUCUGAGAGAUUGAAGAGUACUGCACUGUUAAAUGCUCCCCUUCUGGAUAUCAUGUGUUUAACUAUUUCAUUCUAGUAGGGUUGCUGUCCAGAUGACUGACCUGACUUAACCAUUACUAACCUUGUAAGCAAACAGCAGACUGUUUGUCAGACUUAGGUGUUGGUGCAUACUGAAAUAACUCAUUGACAGCUGUGUUACUUUUUUUUUUUUUUUUUUUUUUUUUUUUUUUUUUUUUUUUUUUUUUUU